CUGUAAUUGUGACGAGGAACGUCCCCGGCCGACCCCAGACGAUGACGUAACCCUGGCCACAUUGACUUUCCCAUCUCUUGCGGGAAUCAGGCAAGCAAGGAUCAUCAGCGAACCACUCCGGAUCGACCGUCACUUGUGUUUCCCCAUUUGUAAAUAAAUGUGAGCUCGAUGUAGCAAGUUGUUUCAUUCAAUUGGUCCAUUACUUCCUUUCCACACAUCAGAUCAGUGUAUACCAGCUCGGGCUUUACACAAAAGAGAGCGGCUUGAUAUCUCGUUAUGGACGUCCUCGCCAAGUACAGCGCCGCCUCCACGGCAUGGAAGCUUACCCAAGCACUUCCCCUCGUGCUCUGGCCACGCGCUGUCAUCGGUCUACUCAAUGUCGACACUUCAUAUGCAGCACCUGGACCGACAUCCUCCUCGGGAAUCGAGGUGUACUUUGCUCGGAGCCUAGGGCUCACGCUCACAGCUUUCGGGCUGGUCAGUUUCAUUCUAUCCGGCGCUCUGCCGCUUGGAUCGUCGACUGAUGCCACGCCAGACGCCCUGGCUCCGUACUCCUCGGCUGUCUUGCUCCUCACCACGCUCUACCACGGGGCGACCGCGUUCUACUGCUGGGCGUGCUACUCGGCUGUUGACAGUGGCCACCAGACUGGUUUCCUGAUCGGCAGCGUGGUCAGCGCGUUCCUCGGUGCCUGGGGCCUGUGGUGCUCGCUCUUUGGCGGGAAGGCGAGCGGGCACAUCAGUCGCCGGACCGGGGCAGACAAGCGGACCAGCGGGUUCCCCUUCAAGAAUUCCGAGGCGGAUCGACGCAAAGGGCGCUAGCGGUCAGUAUCGCUGGCUGUCUUCUGGGCGGAGGUGCGGCAUAGAAAUCAGAGUGAUCGAUGUCACAGUCAGGCGAAAUGGAAUUUUCCAGGCAGUGACAUGACCUGGAGACCUAUGUGUUCUCCGUUCACACUCUUGGUUGUGGGAAGGGAAUUAGCUUCGCUCGGGGCGUGGCGCUGCAUUUUUCGUCGUUCUGGUUUUGGUAUUUAAUGUUUUACACCAGCACGGAUACUGCGCUCUCAAAUCAAGCAGUCACGUGUCCACAACAGGUAAUCGUCAUUGUUCUAUAGUAUAUUCGCGCAUGGGAGGUGGGCCGUGUGGUCUUUACGACCAGAUUCGCCUGGUCAGACUGCGUAUAUAGCACAAUGGAAGUCCGACGAGGAAAGCUGUGAAAACGUGGUUAUGUCAUGAACCCUC